GUCAUUAUUGCAUGUCAACUUGUCAUUUUUCUAUUUAUUUGUGAGUGAAAGUUGUGUAUGAACAAAAUGCUUUUUAUUUCCGUAAUUUGCUCGUAAAAGUUACUAAAACUAAAUAUUUCUGUUUUAAAUAAUGUGAUAGAAACUAGGGCAAUGAGUGUGUUUGGUGAUUUUCAGCAGGUUUGGCUACAAAGGUUUCCUGACAGCCCUUUACCUGGUGCCUGGGAGGAGGAUGUUAGAGCAAACUUAGCAAAACAUAAACAAAAGGUGCAAUUAUUAAAGGAAGAAUUAGAAAAGGAAGAAUUUUAUGUUGAAUAUCUAGAAAGAUUGUUGAGCGAUGUUGAGGAACACAAGAAAAAGGUCUCUAAGGAAAAAAUCUCUGAUGAUGAACCUAGUGAUGUCAUGGGAGAUACUGUAUCUAAAACUGAAGUCAGCAAACCCUCGACCAUUUCACUAAAUGUUGAAGAAACGGAAAAUAUAUCGGCUAAUAUGUGUGUCAAUGAAAUUUCAAAACAGAUGAUAACUUCUAGCGAAGUUUCAGAAAAAUUUGAGCCUACCGCACCGCCUGAUCCGGAUCCAGGAACGUUCGUCACCGUUAUUGAAGUUAAUGGAUUGAAGCAAAAUACUUCUCCCGUGAAAAUACCACCAAAGGUUCCGAGACGGCCUGAUUCCAUUAAAACCAAACCAAAAACAAGUACCAGCGAUUCUCGAUCGUCGUCUUUGGAAUUCCUAGCAACAGAUGAGCCUUAUUAUGAUAUGGUAGCAACAGAUGAAGAUUUUAGUGCGGUUAAAAGUAAUCAUUCCAGUACGGAAAACGUAUUUUCCGGCAGUACCCUUCCUUUAGAGUCUAAAAGGGAUUCCACGCAAACCGUUCAAGAUCCACAGUCUCCUGGAACCUCCAACUAUGUUAAUAUUGAGUAUUUUAUUCAGGCUACGAAAAAAAAUGGUAAUGGUCACAGCAGCAGCGAAGAUGAACAAGAAGAAAUACAAGAAUUGAGAAGGCAAAAUGACAACAGUUCCUAUGCUAGUUCCAGUUCUUUAGAGUCUAUGACCCCAGCUUCAAAGAGAAAAUUUAGCCAUGAAGGCGAGAUCAAGAAUGAAACGGAUAGGAUGUAUAAAAGUAUUUUUUAUAAUAUAACUGAUAGUGAAACGAAUUAUGUUGAUUGGCUGAGUUUUUUAUUAAAAUACAUGAAGGCAAUACAAGCUACAAUAGGAACGUCUCAACCAAUCGUUAGCGAAAGUGAAUUGAAUAUUAUUUUUUAUAAAAUACCAGAAUUAUAUAAUUUGCACGCUAACUUUUUGGAUGCUCUUAAAAGGCAUAUACAAACAUGGGAUACACGAAUUGGAGAGCAUUUUAAAAUGAUGGCUUCAAAUUUAUCAUUGUAUGGCGCAUUUCUAAGCAACUAUGGGCUAGCUUUGGAUACGGUAAGAAAAUGUAGCGCGGCAAACACCCAGUUCGGAGACAUUUCCAAAAAUAUUACGUGUAAACAACUUUCUGGACAACCCAUCAGCUUGGAAGACCUUCUGCACAAACCAGUGCAGAGAGUACAAAAAAACGCUUUAGUAUUACACGAUCUUUUAAAAUUCGUUCCAACCACACAUCUAGAUCACCAUAGUUUAGCCGAAGCCUUAAAUCUUACACAAAAUUUUUUGGAUCAGUUUAACAUGAUUCAGACGAAAUCCAUGUUUCCUGCAUCGGAUAGGGCGCAAAGAAGAUUAGUGAAAAAUUCGUUUAUAGUAGAAUUUGUUGAUGGUCACAGAAAAUUAAGGCAUCUAUUUUUGUUCAAUGAUGUUAUAGCUUGUGCAAAAUACAAGACCGCUGGCCGUAAUGAGAAAUACACCUUUGAAUUAAAAUGGUUUAUUCCAGUAGAAGAUAUUUUAACUUUAGAAGAAACGACUGCUAAUUUACAUGAAGUUUCACAAUCAAAUAUCGUAGCACUGAAAUCCCAAGCAUCAAAUGUUCGAGAUCAGUUAAGGCAAGACGAGAAAGCAAAUGAAGACAGGUACCGUUCGAAACUACUACGAGGCUCGGACAAAUACCGAAAAAGACUGAUUGAAUUAGAAAGCCAACUGGUACUUGUUUCGCCCAAUCUUGUAUAUAGGAUAAAAAACAAGAUUACUGGACGUACUUACAUGUUCUUUCUGUCGUCGGAUUUCGAACGAACGCAAUGGAUCGAAGCCAUCUUGACUCUGCAGAAGACUGAACGGACGGGCAAGGUCACGUCCCAACAUUUUAAUAUGCUCGAGUUACAGACUUGGAUUACAGCGUGUAGACAGUUUUUGAAGACCAAUAUGGGAUCAUAUUUGUUGAGAAGUGGUAAUGAUGAAAGCUUAUUGGUGGGUGAUCUGCAUGUUUAUAUUUAUGAUUUAAACGGAUUGGAAUAUUCCUGUGAUUUAUAUAUAGUCAUCGAAGUAGACUUUUACGGUCACUUUUUCCAAAAAGCCAAAACGAAAAUAAUCUGUAACACGAACAAUCCACAGUGGAAUGAAACCUUUAUGAUCGAUUUGGAAGGUUGCGAAAACCUUAGGGUGUUGGUUUAUCGUGAUGGUACAACGAAUCCCACUUUAUUUGGGAAGCACACCCAAAAGCUGAGUCGAAAAUGGUUGAACCAGCACAUCACAGAGAAGAGUCUUUCAAUAAAUGGCUGUACUUUAAGAAUGGGACUGAAAUACAUUCCUUGCGAGAUUAGCUUGCGGAGAGUUCCGACUGGAAAAACGGGUGCCUUAUUUGGCGAGAAAAUACAAGCUGUAUGCAAGAGGCAAAAACGUAACAUUCCUUUUAUUGUAACUGCAUGUAUACGAGAGGUAGAAAGGAGAGGAAUGGCUGAAGUUGGAAUAUACAGGGUAUCCGGAUCAUCCCUUGACAUUUCCAAACUGAAAAAAUCCUUUGAAACAAAUUCUUAUGAGGCUGAACAACUUCUAAAAGAAGUCGAUAUCCAUUCUGUGACUGGUAUUCUAAAGUUAUAUUUAAGGGAAUUACCUGAAGCUCUUUUUACCAAUGAGCUUUAUCCGGAACUGUUUGAAGCUUUCAACCAGAGCAAUGGAAACUUGAAACGUAGGACGGAAUUGCUUAAGGAAUGCUUCCUAAAACUGCCAACGAUAAAUUGUGAAACGAUCAAAUGCAUUUUGGACCAUUUAAUAAGGGUUCAUCGACACGAAGUAGAUAACAAAAUGUCGCUACACAAUUUAGCAACAGUUUUUGGUCCAACGCUGCUCCGUCCGGGAGUAAAGGCCGAUAACGCCAAGCAAAAAGAUACGCUUGCCACCGGUACGGUGGACGUAAUGGCCCAAGCCGGUAUACUGUAUUGUUAUCUCCAGGAUCUCUUGAAUAGUUCCCAAAGGAUCUUACGAUGAGGGGAAGGUAUGAUCCGGUCUUAAGAGGAAAUCUCAUAAUUUGAUUUUAAAUUAGAAAUUAUUAAUUUUUAACUAGUCAAAAAUGUACCAUCUUUCAGAAGAACUAAAAUGAAGGUCAUUUUUCAAAAUUUAUUCAAAUUGUGUUAAAAUUAAUAUUUUUUUGGAUAUCUAUUCAAAAAAUAGAUAUGAAGAUUCAAAAAAAUAUUUAAAAUUAGAUAAAGCUUUAAAACAAGGUAUACUAAAACAUCGCACUGUCCAAUUUCGUCACGAUGUGUCCAGAAAAUGCAACUUUGGUUCAUUAAAAAGUUAUUGGAUUAACCUAAACCAAACUUGUCUUGACUAUUUUUUUUUCACCAGAAGAGAACUAUUAAAAAUUGUUUGAAACAGGAGAUUUUUAUUCAAAGAGGGCACCUUUCUAUCAUUUUCUCAAAUGUCAUAUGCCAUUUCCCUCCUAUCCAUCACCCUAACCAAUACAAUUUAAAUAGAAAAGUAUAAAGUAUGGCACAUCAUUGAAAACGUGAUUUUAUGGGGAAUACAACAAUAUGACAGUUCAUACUACUUUUUUAGCGCUCUUUAGUGGGAUAAAAACUGUUACGUAUUGUAAAGUGUGAUACUUCAUUUGAAAGCUAAUUUCAUUAGUAAUUUAAUGUGUAGCAUAAAACUAUUUUGGUUGAUUAAAUCCUAACAUUAAUGGCAACAUUCUUAUUCUUAUUUAAGUUAUGUAAGCCCCAUAAACCCCUUUUUUAUUUAUGUAUUUACAAUUUAGUUAGUUUUAAAAAUUAUCACACAUAUAACAUUUUCAUACUCAGCUCUACAUACAAAGGUACCUUUUUUAUUAAAAAAUAUGUAAUAUACCAAUUUUAAAAUCAUUAAAACAAACUAGCCGACAAUAUAGGAAAAUUAAAAGAUAAAACUAAAUAAAACAAAACAAAUAAUCUUUGUUAUCUGAUUUCAACAAAAUAUAAAGAGGAGCCCGGAAAAUAACCAUCACUAAAAUAGAAUAUAGACUGUGGUUUUCUUGGAAUUAUCAAGAAUUACUAACGGCAAGAGUCACUUAUUAUAAAAGAAAUACCUAGUUUAAGUUUUUAUUGACAAAACCAUGUGUUUUAACCAAUAAGUUUUAAUUUGUUAAAAAACAUGACACUUAUCAGUGGGUUGUACAAAAUAAUUCUUUAACCAUCUAAUACAUUUUAAUGGGGCUUGAGCGAGGGGUAAACCACUCCCGAAAUACCGAUACGUUUUCACUCGAAAUCACUACAAAUUCUCUCAAAAUUUCCGAAAUUAUCACGAAAAUCAUGGUCGAAAUCAUCACUGAAAUCACGUCGAGAUCAAUUUUUUGCUCAGAACUAUAAAUGCAGGAUCUUUUUGUUCAAAACACAAGGGAAGAGACAAAAAAAUGGUCUACCAAACAAGAAGUGAAGAGGUUUUAAAAUUAAACAAAACAAGCAAGUCGAAGACAAUUUAUAGGGAAAUCAUAGCAAAUAUUAUACAAUAAUUUCACCGAAAUCCUAUAAAACUUAGGGAGAUUUCCGAAAUACAGGUACGUUUUGAGCUUAGUGGUUUACCCCUCGGGCUUGAGAUUGUGACUUGCUGAAUGACGUGCUUUUCAAAUCAGGCAUAGGCUAAACGUCUUAAAGUUUCACAGACACAAUAUUCUGUAUGUACCCAUAAUGGGUUGCAAAAAUAAGUUUUUGACAAAUCUGGAAAAUUUGUUUGUUUGGUAUGGUGACAGUAUCGCUCUGCAUUUUUAAAUCUUAUUGCCUGUAUUUUGAGUUGAAUGUUGGUCAAGAUUGUUUUAAAUUUACCUUUUUGACUACUUUUACUUAAUGCCCUUCAUAAACUUGAAAAAAAAUCUGUUAUGAGAUUGAAAUCUGAGGACUGGUUUUUUUUGUAAUAAAACCAAAUUUAUUUCGUAUAUAUAUUGUAUACACACAAUUUGACUGUAAUUAUUCUUAUUAGUUUUUAAGUUUAUUUGUAAAAUAUGAUGAAAGAACAAAGUUAGGAUGUGACUCAUUUUUUUUUUGUGAAGGUAAGACGGAUAAUUUAUAAAAUAGGUAUAUUAUUAGUUUAAUAAGGUGCAAAGUGUUUAUUUUAAAUUAAUUAAUUCCAAAUUUAAUUUAAAGGGAAUUGAUUUUUCGUAUUUAUUUUUUGCAUAGGCCUUUCAAACCAUUGUACUAUUGUUUGUACAGGGUGUUACAAAAAGGUAGGUCAUAAGUUAUACCUCAUGUUCCUUGGACUAACAUACUAACUGGCAUUGAAAUUUGAAGUGAUCAUUUACUAAUAAUCUCUUGUUGUACGCCUAUGGACGGAUGUAAUUUAUUAAUUUUUGUAUAGAUUUUUAGACACGAAAUUUAACCAAAGUGAAGUCUUUAAAAAAAUUUAUCACGAUUUUUAAAUGAAAAUUUUAGAUUUGCACAGCGUCCAAAUGAAACAACUUUGUAAUAAGGCAAGUUUAGUUAAUUAUGCCUAUUUUGCUCAAAGAAAUUUGAUAUAAUUUAUGAUCUACCUUUUUUGUAACACCCUGUAUUUACAUCCUACAAUAAAAAUCUUUACUUUUAUCAAUCUGCCUACAGCUGUUUUUAUGACUGAUCAAUCACCAACGAAGUAUUGUCUUAUUUUUAAUUUUUAUGUAGGUAGUACAUUUUUAGUUUUUAAAUAUAAUAAAUAUUCUGUUAAAAUGAUUUAGAAUUGAAACACAUACAAAUACGAUUAAAAUAAAACUUUCUGUUGAAUAAAAAAGACUACACCGACCGGUUGCAACAACGUUCGUUAUAAUUUAUGGGCAUAAUAAACUUCAACAGAGCUUGAGAAUGUGAUCUAUCUGAAUGACAUGAACUUCAAAUUGCUUGGAUCAUUAGCUGUUGAGAGAUUUAGCAAUCGUUCUUGCAACCGUAUAUAUUCCAUUGGAAUAUUUUUAUUUUCAAUACUUUUGAAAGUAUUUUAUUCAUUAUAGAAAAGCUAACCAAAACGCUACAAAAAAUAUUUGAAGGCAAAAAUGCUCAAAAACAUUUACUUUGUUACUAAUUUGACUCAUAUCUAUUACAGUGUCUCCCUUUUGAGAAAAUGUUCCUACUCCAAAGUAAAACAGAUAUCAACAAUCAAUUUUAAUUGGUAAAAAGUUUUAUUCCAACAUAGUACACAUUUUUUCGCAUGAGUCAAAAUAGGACAAUUUUUAAAUUAUAUCUAGAGAAACAUGAUUAAUUUAUAUUUUUCAAUGGGACAUCACGAUUACAUAUUUAUUUUUGAGUUCAUAGUUUUCUUAAUUUCUACAUAAUUGUUUUCUUUAAUAAAUAAGCAGUUAAUUAUGAUGACAAAAAUUUGUGUUCUUGAGGAUUGGAAAUAAUAUUUAAAUACACAUGAUUUUUUAACACACAUGUCAAAUAUAAACAUUGUGCCUAAUUCUAACAGUGAGAAUUUGUUUUUUUAUUGCGUUGGGUGUCAAAGUAAAGUGAGAAAUUAUUUAAAACCAUAGGUACACGUAACAGUUUAAUAAAAGUUUCAACUCGUGUAUAAUAAUAUGUUUGUACCACCAAGAAACCGUAUGAAAUCAGCACCUGCCCAUUGAAUUGGUCCAAAUAGUUUUGUGAUCAUUUAAAGUAUGGUACAAAAGUUAUUUGUUUGAACAAACCUCAUAUUUACUAUUGCAUAAUAAAUACAAUUCUUUUUUUUUGCAAUUGCAUUUACACUUUGAUUUUUAUAUCUUUUGGUUUAUGCUAUACAGGUUCAGAAAUUUAAACGCGGAUCAUGUAAGCCAAAUCUGUUAGAGACGAGCGUAAGUGCUGCUCAAUCAUCUCUGUUUGUUUCAGGCGUGAUUUUAUUAUACCUUAUCUAAUUUAUUGUAAAAUAGUUUGGAUUUGCGUACCUGUAUACAUAAAUCUUAGACAUAAUUCUAUGACAAUAUAUGCGUAUCGGAUAUAAGGCUCAAUAUAUUUCUAUAUCUAAAUUACUAGCUUGUUAUUGUGCCUCUCACGAGGUACGUAGAAUGUAUUAUUAGUCUAUCUAAUCCUGGUUUCCAGGUAUGAUAAAGGGCACUUCAGAGACUUCUGGAGAGGUAUAUGAUGGAAUAUAACUAGAAAAUAUAUUGGGAGGCUAAAACUGGGUAUGAUGGAGGCUUUGAUAAAUUUGGAUUAGGUGAUAAGAGGUUUGUUCCAACACAAUAGCAAAUCGGUUUACGUACUGUCGGGAUUCUGCGCAGUCUAGAUUUGGUGUUCCAACAAACUUCGGACUCAAUACUGUACAAAAACCUAGUGUUCCAACACACCCAAACUUAAUUACAAACCAGUUUCUGUACUGAAUAUGAACGAAUUGUCAAGGUAUACGCAAAACGAAAAUGAGCUCGUUAGUGACCAACUCUGGAAAUUUCGUUUCCAUUUAUUAUCAUUAUUUAUAGUUAUUUAUUUUAUACGUGUAUCUGUUGAUUUAUUAAUAAUGAGUAAUGACUGAAGAAAGUGAAAAGAACUAUUAUUCUGACUUAAAUAUAGUAAAAAAUUAAAUAAAUAAAGUUUAUUGUACUAACCAAUCGAAUAAUCAAAAUGUAAAUCUUUUAACGAGUUUUAUAAUUAUUUUAUUUUCCAAAUUCAAAAUUUAACAUUUGUUAAAUUUGUAUUGAGAGGGGGUGGGUGUCUCAGUGGUAGAGUCUCUGCCUGCGGAUCCAAGGGUCCCAGGUUCGAAUCCCACCGUUGGCCGGGAAUUUUUUAUUUAAUAUAAUUAUUUAAAAUUAAUUCUGAUGCCUUGGUAAGAUUCCCCACUCGACCAUUCACUAUUGGGUUCUAAUUAACAGUGAUGUUCCUAAAGUGGCGCAAGGAAACAGUAACAAGGCCUGUCUGUAGGGGUGUAGGAGUAUUAGAGUACUAAUACUCCUGCACUAUGGAGUAUUAAACUACUAGUUCAAUCCAUUACCUAGUUGUUGAAGCCAAAGACACCAAUGAAAAAAAAAAAAUCGUUUCGACUUUGACGUUAUAGACAAAACACGUCUAAGUUCCGAAUUCAGCCAAGAAUAAUGCCGGAGUGGAUAUCUUACUUUUUUAACGUUUAUGACAAUUAUAACAAAUGUUAUUUUGCUGCUACUGUCAAUACUCACGCAUUAAUGUCAUAUUGUUUUUGUUGACUUAUUGACUAUUAUCGUAGUAAAAUGACCUAACCACUUAAGCAGUUAUAUUAAAAUUAAUGUGGAAGAGGUUAGGUUAGGUUGAAAAUGACUGGGACGAUCUCAUCGCCUUCCACUGCAACCUCUAGAUGGGUCUAUUGUGGCUCAUGACUAACUUAUAGUUCACCGUACAAGACAUACCUUUUGAUAAAGGUCAUGGUUGAAUUGGGUGAGACUUCUUUAAAGUCGGUAGGCCCCAAUCGGGUAAAUCCGAAGAUCUGGAACCUGGUUCUUUCCAGAGCGGAGCAGGUACAUAAAAUGUGCUCUGCAGACUUUUCCUCCACGCUGCAGAAUCGACAGUCCGAUGAUGUGGAAGAGAUAAUUAACCAAUUGCAAAUGAAUAUAUCAUCAUAAAACUGAUAAAGCUCUGCUGUAACUAUUACUAUUAUUAUUUAUUAGAUUUGAAUAUCUAAUUUGCACUUAAGAUUAUGAAAAAAUGUUACUUACUGUUAGAAUUACUGCAUACAUUUUUCUAGCAAAUAUUGAAAUAUCCAUAUAAUCUUGUAUUUGUGAAACUAGUACCUUACCAGAACAAAUUAUACCCUUUAAUGUAAUAUUAGAACUUAUUUAAGAAACUUUUCAACGUUUUAUUUCAUUUAAGUAUUUAUGUUUGUUUAGCUCAAAGCAUUUUUUUUCUAGUCAUGCUAUGUAAACCAUCUCUAUUUAAUAGCUAACCUUUUUUCUUUAUACAGAUCGGUCAUUUUGCUAUCUAUUCAAGCAUAGGCUUAAUUUAUUACAGUGAAUACAACUUAACGAGUAUCCAGAAUAUCGGUGCUUGUUAACCCAGAUACAUUUUUCAUCAUCAAAUUAUAUAAAAUUCAACCUAGAAAUAGAAAAAUGGAUUUUUUUUUCAAUUUGGUAAACUGAAGCCAACAUUUUACGUGUUAAAAAAGUCCGCAGUCGCUUUUUGAAGACAACCAUUUUGCGGUUACUCAUCUUAUAGCGUAGAACCAUAGUUGGUACUGCUUAAAUGCAAAUAUGGAAUGGCAGGAUUAUAAAUGCCUAAAGUUCAUUAAAUAUUCACAGUCUACACAAAAUUACUCUUGAACCUUGAGAAAUGUGAAUUGGUUGGUGGUAUGAAUAAUUGAAGAUUCAGUAAUGAAGCAAACGGGACAGUGAUAUAAUUUAUUUUGGAUACUCUUAUGUUUUUAAUUUAAUAUAGAUUAAUAAUAGAUUAAAAGAUGGCCGAUCUAGUAUAAACUCGUUGUCUAAAGUUUCUAUAUUGAGAUGAUCACAUUUUUGGGAAGCGAGUUUUAAGUAAAACCGCUUUUAAAUUAUCCCAAACAUAGCGUAGUUAUUGAGCGUAGCUCAACAAAGUUAUUUUUUAUAUUUCCUAUUUUAUACUUAUUAUUUAAAGGGCAUAGUUAUCAUAUGCUAUAAGAUUUAACUUUAGUACUUAACAUUAUUAAAUAUACUUUAAUAAACACUUUGUACUGAAAUCAACCUGUAAUUUUGAGUAAAAUACUAUUUUUUACAGUAUUUAAUUUGGAUUUUAUGUUUUUAAGUCGUCUAUGACUAUCAAGAAUAAAUGAUUAUCUAAAAUAGUUAAUUUUGGCUUGAAAAGUAUUGCAUGUAGAAGGCAGCUUACAUUUUAGUAUUGUAUUUUAGAAAUGUACCAGUUGAUCCGAUUAUAAGAUUUAUCUUUUUUUAUAUUUCAUAAAACUUUAAUCCACUGAAUAUGUCAGUAUUUCGUUAAAGAUUUUUCAGAUUAUAAAUUUAAUUUGGUACAUUAAACAAUGACUGGUAACGCAAAGUAUUAGCUGUGAAAAAUUCAAUAAGUCAUAGAAGUUUGUUAUUUAAAGCUUUUUAUGCAAUAGAGGCGACGUUUUUUAAAUAUUGAUAAAAAAUGUAAUAAAAUAUCGCUUCUGGGCUUUUCAUAUUUUUCAAAAUUUUUUGUCCAUAUUUACUGGGUGUCAAUAAAAUGUGUGCCCUAAAUUAAUAAAAUAUAUCAAAAGUGUGCUGAAUACAUGUACAAAUAUUGGUAAAAAGAUUUACGAGACAAAAAAAAAUUGGUAAACACUCUUAAACACUUGAAAAGUAGUGAAAUAGCGAUUACCCACCCUAUAUUUAUAUGUAUAUACAUUUCAUGUCCAUUUUUACUUUUAUUUGUAAGUAUUCUUGUAUAUGUGUGAUUGUAUGUAAUAUAUAUUUAUUAUAAUACAGCGUGUGCUCUGGCUAAGUUACCUCUGGAGGAAUUAAAAUUAAACUGAGGAUUAUGUUUUUUGUUUGUUAAAUAUUUAUUCUUUUAAUUGGGUGACACUCAUUAUGUUAUGGAAAAUAAAAAAUUCUCGAAUAAGCAAUAUUAAAAAAGUAGUUGUAGAUACAGUACGAUAGUUUGUGACGUAUUAAAAAUAUUAACCAAAAACAUUAAGGAUGACUUUUGAAAACAUUAACAUUGCUUUACAUCAGAUACUAUUCACAACGUUAUGGAAAAUCAUAUAAUAGAUAUGAGGAUUGUUUUACCAAUCAUGGAGAAUACUACCUUUCCACUGAUGAUAAAUUAUGUCGUUCGUAUUUGGUGAGGGUUGUAAUUUUGAAUAAGAAAAACAGUAAAUUCAAAUUCAUUCAUGUUUCAAAUUGUCUUCACCUUGGUUAACUUUCAUGAAACCCUGCCAUACUCCCUUUUUAUAUCAAUAAUAGUUUGCAGAUUCCUUUGUUUCUGCCAGUACUUUUCAGUUAAUUUGCUUAACUAUAAAAUGCGCAUCUGUAGACACGAAUCCAUACUGAUUUAACUAGUCAAUUCUAUCUACUCCAUCUUCAUCUUUUAUCACAGGUUCACUGUGGAAUUAAAAAAAAAGUUAAUUCCCAUUGAGUUGGUACAAUGCUGCACAUACAGUUCAGCAUUUUCUUUUCCAUAUUCCAGAAAUUUUACAUGAUUUUGUGAUAAGUAUCACCUGAAAAGCAUUGUUUAUAAACUAUAUAUGAGGAGGGUAGAAUAAUCUUAAAAAAUAUCAUUUAUUGUAGAAAAAAUAUGGCCUUUUAGAAUAAAAUUAACAGGGACCACCCUUCGCACAAACAUGAAGAAAAAUAUGUUUUAUAAUUUUAUUAGUACCUAUAUUGAAAAACAUAAUUCUCAAAAAAUAUUUGGAGCCAGAAGCACUUUUAUCUUAUAGUAUACUUGAUAUAUGCAUACUAUAUUUGCAUUCAAAUUAUAUUUUAUAUACAUUUGUAAUUGAUUGCAAUACAGAUAUUUACAAC